UCUUUCACUCAGUUUAGUGCGUUCUUUCUUUCAGAGUGAUUCGGUCGUUUCGUCCAAGCUCGGUCGUGAUUCCUGUCUGGACCAUUGCUGAAAACUUGGACACACAACACUAGUGACCACUUGUGUGUGUUUGGACAACAUCCUGUGAUUCCUGGAAGGCGCUUCUGAGUUCUCGUGAAGCUCGUAGUACUGUGAUAAUUUAAUUAUGGCAGUUUAUUUACUACCAAAGAGUAGAUUGCUGUCCAAGGCGGUCAACUUCAAGCCCAUCCCGAACAAGUGGCCCACGAAAUGGACGGUGGUACGGCGGUCAAUCUCCGGCGGCAAGCAGCACCAGGACGGGCAGGGUUCCGGCCAGCAGCAGCAACAGAACCAGCAGGGCCAGUCUGGCAAAGGUAAAUUUGUUAAAAUUCGAAAACGGUGGAGUUGGAAGGCGGGAGCCGGUUGGACUAUAUUAUCCGUUUUGGAUUGGUGGUUACUAGCGGCCGGCGGUUGGCUCACAUGGCGCGGGGUGUUCCUCCGGUGGACCCCGCUGGGCAUCUGCAUGAUCGCGGCGGCCCAGUGGCACCUGCACAAUCGUGACCUCGACAAGCAGGGCCUCCCGCGGACGGCGGCGCCUUGGCAGAUGAACGUGUACUGCUCGUUACCGCUGCGCCUCAUGAGCCGGUGCUGGGGCUGGUUGGCCGAUUGUCGCGUUCCAACUCCCGCUCGACCACUAGUCUACGGAAUGUAUUCGUCCGCUUUUGGGGUUAAUCUGGAGGAGGCUGCAUCGUCCGAUUUCAAAAACUAUCGUAGCCUAGCGGAGUUCUUCACACGUUCAUUGAAGGAAAACGUUCGCUACAUAGAUUCCAACAGUUGCCUCGUGUCUCCCUGCGAUGGCCGAGUGCUGCAUUUUGGCACCGCCACCAACGCUCAAGUUGAACAGGUCAAAGGCGUCUCUUACAGCUUGGAAGCAUUCCUGGGUCCACCCACGUGGAGCGCGCGAAAGCCCACCGAAAGUCCACCGUCCAACCUGGUCGACGCCGUCAAACUGAAAUCCCCCGGCAACGUCCUGUACCAGUGCAUCAUCUACCUCGCCCCGGGAGACUACCACCGGUUCCACUCGCCGGCCGUCUGGAAGCCCGAACUGCGGCGGCACUUUUCCGGCGAGCUGCUCUCGGUCAGCCCCAAAAUUGCCCGCUGGAUGCCGGGACUGUUUACGCUGAACGAGCGCGCCCUCUACAUCGGCAAGUGGAAGCACGGCUUCUUCAGCUUUACGGCAGUUGGUGCCACCAACGUCGGCUCGGUGCAGAUCUACAUCGACGAAAAGCUGAAAACCAACCAGUGGGUGGGCCUGGAGGUGGGCACCCACCCGUGCAAGGACUACGACGAGCUGGCCCUGCCCAAGGACACGUUCCUCGGCAAGGGCGAGCUGCUCGGCCAGUUCAACAUGGGCAGCACGAUCGUGCUGAUUUUCGAGGCUCCGCCCGGGUUCAACUUCAACCUCCAACCAGGCCAGGUGGUGCGGAUGGGUCAGCGGCUGGGAUGCGUUGGCGAGCAACGCGACGACGAUGAUCUGGACAAGACGAAAAAACUGCUCGAGGCCAUUUGAGGGUCGGUUUCGUUCGACCAAUACUAUAGUUACGAGAUAGUUUCUUUGAAUUUAGCUAACGAGCGUUGAGAGUGUGAGAUAGCGUAGAUAUUUUCCUAUAAAUAUUAUCAAUACUAUUAGUGAUACGAUAUUCCAAUUGCUCAGCUUUACCUUGUCUACGAAGGUCGCCGAUCGCAUCCUCGAAGCAGAUUCAACAGUCCUGGUGAAAAAGACAAGACUCGCGUGUAGAUAUGCAAACUACGUAGUACAUAUUGUACAUGUAUUCAAUCCGAAUAUCUUUGCAAUAGGAUUAAACUUAACACGGUAGAGUUUACCAAAUAAGCCCAUUAGUUAGUGCGAUUAAGUGCCAUUCGCAGUCGCAACCAAUUGUUACGAAUACCACAAUUUAUUACCAUUUGACAGAUGAUAGAGUUUAUCCUACCAAUGAAGCAAUAUGAGAUUUGUUUUUAUUUCGAAAAGUGUGCAGAAUAUUUUUCAAAUAAAAAGAGUAUUUGUACGAAAA